AUGUACACACUAGACUGCUACAACACCAACGAAAACACUCACAGCUUCUUUUUCUUGAAACCCUCAAAGACAACUUCGAUCGGAAGGAAAUCCUCAGAAAUCAAAUUCAACCAUAAGUUGAUUAGUAGGGCUAAUCACUGUGACGUGAUAGCCGGUGAUGUUGACGUGACAAAGAGGGAUGAUAUACAAGCAAAAUAUCCUCUCACAAUACACGCAAACAAGAAAGCUAAAGUAGUCAAACCAGACAGCCCACCGACGAUGCUCGAAAACAGUUCAACUGAGAUUGAACACGGUGACAUUAUAUACCUUGCCAAUCAAGCUAUCGCUAUGACUGUGAUUUGGCGCCCAAUUCAUUUCAAUGUCUCCUCCCUAUUCACUUCAAAAUCUUCAUUCAACUCUGAGACACUCUGUUACGCGGAAAAGGGUUUAAAAUUCGGUAGGGGUCAUUGGAAGUCCUCCUAUGACUACCUAGUCCAUCCAGAAAGAUCUCUCAAUACUAAAGUACUCGCUGCUCUAACCUCCCUCAAACCUAUCGUCAACAGAGGCUACCUUGAAAGCGUCUACCAGUCUAUAUUGUCAGACAAUAUCGAUUCUAUACUCCCCACUGUCACUUCAGAUCAUCUGCCAUCAGCAGUUUCCAAUGAAAAAAUUCAAUCUGAUGCUUUCUGGCUCAUUUCUGAGAGUAGAUUGAGGUUAUUUAGCGGACACACCUUCUACGUGAUUGUUGAUCUCCUAUCAUCUGCUUAUAUCGACAUACUAACGCAUUGCGGUGCAAGUGUUAAACCAAUCAACACAUCCAUCAAAGCGGACAAUGUCGCAUCAGCAAUUGAGCGCACAUGUACGAAAAACACCCAGAUUAUUCUCCCAACAGAUGUAAGCGACAGGUUGUUGGGCGAGGGUGUAGCAUGGUCGAAUGCGAUAUCGCAAGCUGCUCAACAAGUUGGUAUUCAGCAUAUGGAAUGCUCCUCGGUGAAUAGAGCUAUUAUGGAGAUUGAUGUGGAUUGUUUAGAGGCUGUGCCAUGUGAAGAGAGAGUAGAUGCACCUCGGCAUGAAUCACAACCAUCCUCUUCUUCUAGAGCACCUUCUCAAGAGCCCUCCCAAAGCAGGAAGCGCAAAGCACUGGAUGGGAUAGAGGAAGCUGAGGCACCGAAAGCACCACAGAGAAAGUUGAUUAAGAGAAGCGGUGCUGCGAGAGUGCAUUCUAAUGACCUAGACGAUGAUGGUGAAAAUAGCACGUCAGCUGCACCACCUGCUCAGGAGAAAGCAGAAACAGUGCAAUUGCGACAACCGCAGCAGCCAGGGAAAAAUACAACAUUACAACUUGGUAAACGAGCAGGCGCGAGACGCGCAUUGGCCCGUAACAUUGAUGAUUCUGAUGAUGAUGAUGUGCAUACAAGUGCGAACGCGCAACAGCAACAACAACAGAAACAACACGAAGAGACAUCGCAAUUGCAGCAGCCAGAAGAGAAAGCAGAGGAAUCAUCUCCAACAAAGCAACCCCAGCAACCCUAUCAGCCCCAUCAACAACAAAGCACCCUGCGCAGACGAGCAAACACGCGUCGAAUGCAGACAAUAAACAUCGACGACUCCGAUGAAGAGCCUUUCCCAGCACCUCAGCCAACGGCACCACAUGUGUCUUCCCCCGCACCGACGCAAUUGCUGUCGCAGCUGCAAUCGCACAUACCACCCCCGACACCGCAAAUAAUUCAGAAACGCAAGACGGCGCGUGAGAGAGUAGAGGAGCAGAUGGCAGCGCCCCAAAAACACGAUUUUCUCAAUGAGCAUAUGAUGAGGAGAAAGAAAACGCUAUUGGAAGAGCGGAAUGCGAAGGUAGCUGCACAACAUGCGCGCAUAGCUGAGCAGGAGGUAUUAGCGGCUGCGCAGAGACAGGCUUCGCGGGUGCCUGAGAGUGUGCCUGGGAGCAAGUCCGGUGGAGUUGAAAAAGUGGUUGGAAAAGAGGCUGGAAAGAAGGGUAGGGAAGGAGAUGACUUUGAUGAUGAUCUGCAGCUGGAUGGGAGUGGAUUUCAGCGCGCUCUCGGCGAUUGCAUUAUUCCGAUGAAACUCAUUCCGCUGCGGAGGCGUGACGAGCCUGGGGAAAAGAAGGAAAAGAAGGAAAUUCGAGGUGAUAGAGAUAUGCCGAACUAUAAGAAAUUCAGACGCAAGAUAGAUCACAUAUAUCAGCCACGCGUCGCGGUUGGGCUGCUUGAUAGAAACACAAACUCAAACACAAAGCCAACACAGCGGCCACGAAAGAAUCUGAUGAUAGACGUGAGCAGCGAUGACGAUGAGCUGGCAGAUAAAUAUGUCGAUCAGCCACGGCAAACGACGCACAGGAUGACCUCGUUGUUCAAGAGGCUUGGAAUAGCCAGCAAGGAUCUUCAAAGCGGGAUCAGCAGCAGGGAGCUCGAUGCAGCGCUGGUAAAGGACCCGAAAACAGAGCGGCGACUGAGUGCAGAGCAGGUUGCAGACAGAAACCUCGAGAGAUUCUACGGGAUGGAUAAUCUGGGCAAUACGUGCUACUGCAAUUCAGUUCUCCAAUCUCUCUACUUCUGUCGCCCGUUAAGAGAAUUGAUUUUGGGGCUGCCGUCGGAUGUAGACAGGAGCAUGUACACAGUGCUCCGUAAUCUUUUCCAUGAAAUAUCCAGGCAGCCUAGGCGUACUGGCGUAUCUCACACCAAAUCAUUUGUCGAUAGGCUUCGAAUUGAAAAUGAGCUGUUCAGAUCGACGACGCACCAGGAUGCGCAUGAGUUCCUCAACUAUCUUCUCAAUAGAGUCGCUGAGGAUCUUACGCGCCUCACCAAAUCCCCCCACACGCUCGUACAUUCUCUCUUCGAAGGAACGCUCACAAAUGAAACGAAAUGCAUGACCUGCGAGAACAUUACCCACCGCGAUGAGUCGUUUCUCGAUCUCAGCAUCAACGUCGAGGAAGACUCCAAUGUCACAGAGUGUCUGAGCAACUUCAGCACGCGCGAGAUGCUCUGCCAGAAGAACAAAUUCUUCUGCGAUGGUUGUGGAGGAUUGCAGGAAGCUGAAAAAUGGAUGCGUAUCAAGAAGCUCCCAAACAUCCUCGCUCUCCACCUCAAGCGAUUCAAAUAUCAGGAAGAGCAGAACCGCUACAUCAAACUGUCGUACCGCGUUGCGUUCCCGUUCCUUCUCGAGCCUGCCAAUCUCAGCAGCACAUGCCAGGGUGCUGAAAACAGUGACAGGAUGUAUAGUCUCUUUGCAGUCAUCAUCCAUAUCGGCAGCGGCCCACACCACGGCCAUUACGUAUCUAUCAUCAAGUCGUAUGACAGAUGGGUGCUGUUCGACGACGAUAAGGUGUCGAUUGUCGACGAGCACGAACUGAGUAAAUUCUUCGGAAACGAUCCGGCGGGAGAGGGGUAUGUCUUCUUCUACGAGACUGUCCAUCUUGAUAGAGGGAGUGUUGGUCUCGCGGAGAAGCCUUCGCCUCAGGUGCCGCUGGUGGAGGAAGAGGAGGACAAGGACAAGUCAAACAAGGCGUCGUACUUGAAGAAGAAAGGGUCUUUUAGUGCACCACCAUCACCCACCCUCACCCCACUCACCAGUGCUUCUAAAGUGAACAGCACGUCGAAGCUCAACCAGGUUAUGACUGCGAGUGAGGAAAAGAAGGAGAGUAAGGAUGACAAAGACAAAGAAAAGGACAAAGAUAAGAAUAAAAGUGGUGAUCUGAAACGCACUGGAUCUCAAAGCUCUCGCAAGUCACUCAAUAUACCUUUUGGACUGGGGGCAGACAGGGUAAGCAGUGUGGGGAUGGGGAGUGGUAGUGGCAAUGGAAACAGUAGCGCCAUCAAAAGCAAGAGUAACAAUUCCAACGCAGGCUCAGCAUCUCGACCCAUAUCCUCAGGAUCGCUUUUUGCCAAGAAGGACAAAUCUACAGCGAGGCCAUCUACCAGCCAUGCUGCGAGCACAUACGACAAAGACAGCAGCUGGUUUGGGAAAGUGAGGCUGAAAAGCAUGAGUGGGAGUGGAAACGCGAGUGGAAGUAAGGGAGAGCACGAUAUACCACCCGAGAUACCCAACGGCGGGAGACAGCAGAAGCAGAAACAAGAGGAAAAACGAAGCAGGAGGCGGUCUCUGAGUGCAGCAGAGAGUGUAGCAGACACCAAGCCUACACCGCCACACAGCAGCGGCCAAUUCGCCAGCGGAAUGUCAGAGACGUUCAUGAAAGAGAGGAGCGUCAGUCACGGCACAGCCAACGCGAACCCGCGUAACGGACAAAUAUCGCCGCCGCCUGCGCCCGCUGGCGCGAGGCUGAAUGCAGCUAGUGUGCGUAGAGAGAGAGAGCAGCUCGAGCGGGAAAAGUAUGAGCGGGAGAAGAGUGGACGGGGGAAGAGGAUACCGUCGCCGAACGUAAACGUAAACACGAACGCGAAUGCAAAUGCAAAUGCAAAUACAAACGCAAACGCACUCGAUAACGACAUUGGCAGCUCGCCUAUGACGGCAGCAGCAAGACCAUCAUCACGGACAGGCACAGCUAAAGCAGGCAAAAAGAACAUAUUUAUGAAAUGGAUGGAUAAGAUUCGGCAGUAG